CACACCUCCGUGACUAUCUCCAGCCCACCCCAUGUAGCCAACCACCAUGGUAACGACAGGCCUGGCGUACUGUUACUUUCGCUACAACCAACUUGGCCUGCCGCCAUGAGUAAUCCGCUCGAGGACUAUCUAGCUGCACUGGACGCGCGUGAUGCUAGGGAGAAGGCGCACGAGGUCUACGUCAACGCCUAUACGAAGCUCGCCGAUGACACAGCAAGCCUGGCACCCCCAGCAGUCCCCGCCGAAGAACCUUUAUCUGCCAGCGCUUCUCUCAAGGCUCUGACGCACAGAGGCAAAAACAAAGGCAAAAGCUCCGCUACAACAGAUGCCGCACCGUCUUCUACAGUUGCGCAACUCCGCGCCGAACUUGCGGCCACUCAGCGCACCCGCGGUGACCUCGAAGCACGGCUCAGUGCCACCUCUGCUGAACUCUCUGCCCUCAAAACCACAGAGACGGAACAGAGACGGCGCAUAGAACAUCUGGAAAAGACGCGCAUGGCAUUGGAAAGGCGAGCCAGGGAUACGGCUGAGGAACUCAAGGGCAAAGGAAGACUUGUAGAGGACGUGCACGACGAAAUGGUGGCGCUCAACUUGCAGCUGAACAUGGCAGAGCAGGAGAAGGAGAAGCUGCGCAAGGAGAAUGACGAAUUGACCAAGAGGUGGGUUAAGAAAAUGGAGGAAGAAGCUAAGAAGAUGAACGAGCGGUCCGGGUGGGGGGAUCAGUCGCGGAGGAUCAAGUAGACAAUAGCAAGAUGAGAGAGUUUGGAGGUCUAGAGUGUAGUGUUUGAGUAGGUCAGACUCGAUGUUCAAUUGAAUUUACUAUAAAAAUGAGGAAAUUCAACUGUAUAG